AUGUAUUCCAAAGUUGAAGAGCCGCCCAGACUGGUGCUCACCGGCACCCCAAGAGAGAUCGGCCUCCAUCAUGGCUCCCGCCUUCGGCCGCAGAUUAGCAGCCAAAUUACCAUCUAUGAAGAGAUGUUCCAGGUGAACUGUAAUUUGUCCUGGGAUGCAGUCAGGCGGCAAGCAGACCAAUUCGCGAUCACGAUUCAACGCGCCACCCCCCACCUCUACCAAGAAAUGGAGGGCAUUGCAGAGGGUGCAGGGGUGGAUGUGCUCGACAUUGUGGCCCUGAACUGUCGGAGUGAAUUAACUUUUGGCAAGUUCACAGAUGGCUGCACCAGCCUUUCAUGGAAGAGGAACGAGCACUGUCGUAUCCUUGCCCAGAACUGGGACUUUACCACUACGGUACGGGAAAACAUCGCGCUCAUGAGGAUUGAUCAGCCUGGUAAACCAACCAUUCACAUGGUCACUGAGGCUGGCAUCGUGGGUAAAAUCGGCUUCAACAGUGCCUGUGUUGGGACCUGUCUCAACGCUAUCCGAGCCCAUCCUUGUGUUCCAUCCAAGAUACCCAUUCAUGUUGCUCUGCGGCUCUGUCUGGAAAGCACUUCGGUCGAUGAGGCAGUGCAGACGCUAAAGUCCCUCGGAGGUGUGGGAUCCAGCCAGCACAUCUUAAUUGCUGAUAGUAAAGGCUCGCUGGGAUUGGAGCUGUCUCCCCUGGGUGAUGUACAUCUUCUGCCGGACGAAUAUGGUAUGGUAGCACAUACAAAUCACUUUCUAGAGAAUCGAUUCGUCUACGAGCCACCAUGGUUGACUGGCUCGCCGAUACGAUUGGCACGGGCCCGGGAACUGACCCGGGAGCUAAUUAGGGAUGAAGUGCUUGAAGAGGAUGCCAUUAUUGGGCAAGUGCUCAGGGAAAGAGUAUUCUCUGAUACUUACAACGCCCCCCAGUCAAUCUCCUGUCAGGAAGACGUGGCUAGGCCUCCAAUCUCACGGUCGUCGACACUCUUUAAUAUUGUCAUGCGUCUGGAACCGGAGACCCUGGGCGCAGAGGUGGUCAUUGGACGACCGGGUUCCGGAGAGGAGAGUGACGUACUGAAGCUGCCCUUCCAGUGA